CAUUGUUACUAAUUUUGACAACUGUGUCUGUUGUAAAGAAAUACAAGGAUGUGGAGGCAGUGGUGAAGAUAGAGGAGGUGGAUGGAGAGGAGCUGGUGAAGAAGUUUGCUGAGGAGAUGGAGGAGAUGCUUGGGAGGAAGAUGAAAUCUGUGAAGAGGUUAGCAGAAGCAGCGGAGGAUGCUGACCUUUACCACGAGUACAACGAAACUCUAGAGUUUGAAUACUUUAACUCCAUGCUGAUCAACAAGGUGGAUGAGGAUGGGAAUCCACUGUCGCUGGGAGGAGAGUUCGCUCUGGAGAAAAACGAACACUUCAAUAAGCUGCCAGUCAACACGCAACUGAGUAACAUUCAAGUCCCUACAAAUGUUUACAACAGAGAUACAGAUAUUGUGAACGGAGCCUACAUGUCUGAGGCUCUGAAUGACGUGUUCAUUGAUAACUUCAAGAAAGAUCCAACUCUCACGUGGCAGUACUUUGGCAGCGCUACAGGCUUCUUUAGGCUCUACCCAGGGAUCCAGUGGAUUCCAGAUGAAAAUGGUGUUGUCACCUUUGAUUGCAGGAACAGAAACUGGUAUAUCCAGGCAGCCUCAUCACCUAAAGAUGUAGUAAUCGUGGUGGAUGUGAGUGGCAGUAUGAAGGGACUAAGACUGACCAUAGCCAAACACACCAUCAAUACUAUACUGGACACACUGGGAGAAAACGACUUUGUUAACAUCAUUGCAUACAGUGACUAUGUUCGCUACGUGGAGCCCUGCUUCAAGGGCACGCUGGUACAAGCGGAUCUGGAUAACAGAGAGCAUUUCAAGCUUUUGGUUGAUGAACUUCAUGUCAAAGGCGAGGGCAAAGUGAAAAUUGCGAUGAAGGAGUCUUUUAAGAUCCUCAACGAGGUUGCAGCACUGGGCCAGGGCAGCCUGUGUAACCAGGCCAUCAUGCUGAUAACAGACGGAGCCAUGGAGGACUUCCAGGAUGUUUUUGAAGAGUUCAACUGGCCAGAACGACGGGUUCGAGUGUUCACCUAUCUGAUUGGCCGAGAGAUGACAUUUGCUGACAAUGUUAAAUGGAUUGCCUGCAACAACAAGGGUUACUACACACACGUCUCCACGCUGGCUGAUGUCCAGGAAAACGUUAUGGAGUAUCUCCAUGUUCUGAGCCGGCCAAUGGUCAUCAACCACGAUCACGACAUCAUCUGGACUGAGGCCUAUAUGGACAGUGUGGUCAGUCUGCCUCUCCCAAUAUCAGUGUGCCUGCUGCGCAACAUACACUGA